AGGCGCGGCCGGAAGUAGAUGCCGGCGGGGCUUGACCGAGGGAAGGGAGAUGUCGCCGCUGCCGCUGCUGCCGGAUUGCAUUUUCUUCAGGCCAGAGAUGCGUGUGAUUCUGACUUGACUGCAGAACUGGUCACCUGCUGCAUGAUCUGAGAGGCCUUUGCCCAGUCUGCUUCAAGACAGAACAUGGAGGACGGUGCAGAACCGCAACGUGGAGUGGAGAAGCAGGAGGUGGCAGCAGCUGCUCCGGUUUUCAGCCGGGAGAUUUCCGUGAGCGAGUUCUGCUGCCACUGCUGCUAUGACAUUCUGAUCAACCCGACCACCUUGAACUGCGGGCAUAGCUUCUGCAGGCACUGCCUGGCCUUGUGGUGGGCCUCCUCCAAGAAAAACGAGUGCCCGGAGUGCCGGCAGAACUGGGAAGGGUUCCCAAAAGUCAACAUCCUCCUCAGAGACGCCAUCGAGAAGCUGUUCCCAGACGCCACAGAACAGCGGAAAGACGACAUCCAGCAAAACGCCGACAUCUCCCGGAGCCUGGCAGCAUUUCAGAAGUACGGGAAUGACCAGGCAUCUGCAGUCCCAAACGCGGGGAGGACUGACCCUCGAGGAAGGGGCUUCUUCUCCGGAGUCCUGACGGCUUUAAGUUGCGUGGCGGUGGUCUUGCUCGGCUACCACUGGAGCAGCAGAGAGCUGGAGGACGACCUCCUUGUCCACAAGCCGGUGGCCAGGUGGGGGGCCGAAGAGGUGACGCACUGGCUGGGCCAGCUGGGGCCCUGGGCCGCCCUCUACCAGGAGAGGUUCCUGCUGGAAAGAGUCAACGGCAGGCUCCUCCUGACGCUGACGGAUGAGGAUUUUGCCCGGGCUCCAUUCCACAUUGAGAACAGCAGCCACAGAAAGGCCAUCGUGGCAGAGCUGGAGCGGGUGAAGGCGCUGGGGGUGAAGCCGCCACAGAACCUGUGGGAAUACAAGGCUGUCCACCCCAGCAAGUCUGUCUUCCUGCUCUACGCCUUGAAGAGCUCCCCGCGGCUCACUCUGCUCUACCUGUACCUCUUCGAUUACACGGACCUUUUCCUCCCGUUCCUCCACACCAUCUGCCCAGAGCAGCAGCAGCAGCAGGACGAAGAAGGGGACCUCGAGGACGUUCUGGCCAAAUUGCUGGACCCGAAGGAACCCGCUUGGAAGCAGUGGCGGGAGUUCCUGGUCAAGUACGUCUUCCUGCCCUACCAGCUGGUGGCCGAGUUUGCCUGGGACUGGCUGGAGGUGCACUACUGGACGUCCCGCUUCAUCAUCGUCAACGCCAUGCUGCUCUCUGUCCUGGAGCUCUUCUCCUUUUGGAGGCUCUGGUCGAGAAGGGAACUGAAGACUCUCCCUCACCGGAUGUGGAACCACUUCUGGAAGGUGUCCACCCAGGGACUCCUGGUAGCCAUUUUCUGGCCCUUCAUCCCUCAGUUCCUCUGCAACUGCCUCUUCUACUGGGCAUUGUACUUCAACCCCAUCAUAAACAUCGACCUCGUGGUCAAGGAGGUCCGUCGCCUGGACACACAAGUGCUUUGACGCACCCUCUCAGACUCUUCCUCGCGCGGCACGCUGCACCUUCGGCCGUUUCGAAGGCAAGGGGACUUAUUCUUUCCACAGCGAUAAAACCUGUGUUGAUUUCUUUCCCUGUUUGCUUUAACUCGUUUUUGGAGGAGGUAUUUUUGUUGUCGUUGCAGUAGAAGCAACCAGGGCAUUUUGGGAGCCGCUUCCCCCCCCCACACACACACACACCAGAUGGCAGCCUCUUUGUUCAUGGGAUGGUCUGCCCAAAACUCCAGCUUGGGCCAGUUGUGUCAAAUGGUUCUGGCUGUGGAAUGGUACCUCGGGGGACCUGGCAAAAGCCCAAGCUUUUGGGUUCUGAAAAAAGACUUGUUUCUCUCCUUCGGGCACUUGUAGACGUAAAGGGAUACUUGAAGAGGUACUUGCUCCUUGAAAAACACCACGAUUUCAGACCUGAUUUUGGGGCUUCCUUCUUCCCCCAUCCCCAUUUUAAUGAAUCAAAGGAGGAAGCAAAUGUUGCUGUUGCUUUAUUAACUUCCUAGGUCCAAUUACAGCCACCUUUUUUAAAAGGAGUCCUGCAUGCGGAUCACCAGCCGUGAAGUGGCUGUUCUGUGUAUCAAGUGCCUGUUUUCUCUGUUAGUUUCAAAGUCAGCCCAACCACACUGAGCUUUGUUUUAAACGCCUGCUUCCCUACAAAUGAAGCUUCGAUUAUGUAUUUGUAUCAAUAUGAUCUUCCGAUUUGCAUAUGAGCCUUUUGGAGAAUUAAACCGGAUUUUCUUUUUUUUUCUAAUA